AUGAGCGACAGAAACAACCAGAUCCAAGGCGAUGGCAAAGAUGAGCCAACAGCAGGUGUCAGGAACAAAAGGACGUCCAUGGAAGCUGCGACAGAACCCCCUCGACGCCAGAGCUCCGAUCGACGCCAGAGCUCCGAUCAAGCGAAUAGUAGGAAGAAACAUGGUCUUCACAGAGACCCAAAGGAACUUGAGACAAAGAUUGAAUCUGCCAGGUUCAAACCAUCCAAUAAUUCAAAGACACCAGGUGCCGUGAGCGUGGCGGCAACUCCCUUUAGCACAUCAACUCAUUCGGAGGUGGACGAUGUCACGCAAACAACCCGCACCCAGAAUGCCACCGACCACUUGCCACAACAAGCCAAGAUGAGGAAGUCUGGGCUACACAGAAACCCACAAGAGUUUGGCGAAAAGAUCCAAGCUGCCAGAGUCAAUUCAGAAAAGCCAGGUGCUGUGAGUGUGGCUGGAGUUCCCUCGUCCUCCAAUAAUAAAUACCCUCAUUCCGCAAGUGCGGGAGGGGUGGCACAUUCAACCAGUGUGGGGCAGCUUAUUAACAGCAUGAAGAAGCAUGGGCUACAAAGAAACCCAAUAGAUUUUCAGACAAAGGUUGAUGCUGCCGGUGGAUUGAUCACAGGGGUGUCGAAUCCAAACAAGCCGGGAGCGGUGAACGUGGCUGCAACUCCCUCCCUCUUGUCAGAUCCUCCCACAGAAGUGACUCCACCCUCACAAGCAAGCAUAUGUGGCUCUUACAGUACUGGAAAUGCAUCCUCUGUGGCUCUUUCAGCUCGCAUGCCACCAAAAGCCAACACCAAACGGGGUCUACACCACAACCCUGGAGGGGUCACGACAAAGACUGAUACAGCCAGGCCUAUUCCAAUCAAUUAUGGGCAAGCAAGGAAUGACGCAAACAGCACUGUUACCAGUAGCAUUGUCACAUUAAGGGGCCUUCGCAAGAAUCAAUCUGUCACUACUCAUGCAGAGGAAUCAGGCACAGAGAAAAUCACCACUACAACUUCCGUCAUUGAAGACUCGGAUCCAGUUUCCAGAAUGAACCUUCAGAACCCUCAAAUGACCUCGAAGCAGAAAGGGAAGUUCAGUCAGAAAAGGAAGCUAAAGAAAGAGAAUGCAGAAGAAUUGGUCUAG